AUGAACCGCUUCCUGAGAGCUGGGGAGAAUGGAGGGAUGCUGACGGACUGCAGGGAGCUGUCACCAAUUCACACCGCCUCCACCUCUUCCUCCUCCUCCUCCUCCUCCUCCUCCAUCUCCAUCACCUCCUCCUCCUCCUCCUCUUCCAGCGCCGCUGGCUCAGCCGACAGACACGCGGCCCUGCCCUCGCUCCAGACCCGGGGACCUGUCGGCGGCGGCAGCGGCGGGUCGGAGCCGAGGAGAUCUGCGCUUAAACGCAGCCGAGCCGGCCGGGAGGGACGAGAGGAAGCGGAGGCGGCGGAUCGAUCGGCGGCUGCCGUCGCGGUGCGCGGCGGCGGCGAGUUGUGCGUCGGGGUCGGAAAGCAGCAGCAGCAGCAGCAGCAGCAGCGUCGGGAGGCUCAAGGACGCGGCGGCGGUGGAGACGGUCUGGAGAUGAUUUCAGCGGUCAGCAGGGACGCGGACGGCUGCGGCGGCGGCAACAACAACAACAACAACAACGGCGUCUCCGAAGUGAGCACGGCCUCUCCUGCGAGUUGCGCCAAAGGCAAGGAGGAGAGGAAGGGGAAAAACGUGAUCCGGGGCUGGAAGAGGGAGAGGGACAGGGAGAGGGACAGGGACGCCGCCGCUCCUCCAGCUCCUUCAGUCCGGACGAGGAAGGAGAAGCCCGGCGAUGGCUCGUCUCCUCCUCCCUCCGUCUUCCUCCCGCCGUCCGCCCUGCCCGAGCAUCAUCUGUGCCGCGACGGCCCCGGACACUGCCACUGCGCCGCGCCGGACUCCAGGAUCAUGGGGGAUAACGGCAACACCAACAACGUAAACAAUAACAAUAAUUGCGGGAGUAACGGCGGCGGCGCUGCCAGCAAAGCCGCGCUCGACUGUGGAGUUAAAAGCGGCGGCGGUGCUAUUGUUGUCAGGCGGCAGCAUGACGACACGCCGGCGGCCAAGAAACACAGAGGAGCCGAGAAGGUGGACCCCAUGUUCACUGUGCCAGCUCCCCCUGCUCCAGGCCACCCUGGGGCCCCUGGAUCCUCUCUGCCCUCGGCCCCCUCCUUCUCCCCUCCGGCCCUGCCCACCUCUAACCCCAAGCAGCUGGCGGUGCGGACGAGAUCUAUAGGUACAAACACCCAGGAUGGCGGCGUCUCAGGACCACUGGAGGGCGAUCCAGCCUGUCUGGGGCCCUGCCAGCCCGGGACCAGCGUCAACCUGGAGGGCAUCGUCUGGCAUGAGACUGAGGAAGGUGUGCUGGUGGUGAAUGUGACGUGGAGGAAGAGAACCUACGUGGGAACUCUGUUAGACUGCACCAAACACGACUGGGCUCCUCCACGGUUUUGUGAGUCUCCCUCCAGUGACCCUGAGUUACCAGGUGGGCGUGGCCGGGGGAAACGGAUGAGAAUGGCCAUGGCCGAGCGACCCUGCAUUGAGCCAACCCCUGCUGCCAAAGUCAGGGGUCUGUCACAGCACAGGAGUCGUGGAGGUGGUGUGGCUGGAACCACUGCACCCAUCCACAGCAAGGGACGGAGAGGAAGCCUGAACCUCAUCAACAGCAACUGCCGAACGCCUCCUUCUUUCUUCACUGUGGAGGAGGUGAAACCUGCCAAUAGCACCUCCUCUCUCUCCUCUGGAAAGCGAAAGAACAAACCUCCGGCUGACCUGGACCUGAGCCUGGUCUCUACUGACGAUAUUAAAAACGGCAAUGGGAAGAGGAUCCGAGCCAAAUCCCGCAGCGCCCCCUCCACACCACAGGGCAAAUCUGACCCCUCGUUCAUGGACCCUGGAGGGGGUUGUGCCUCCUCACCACCUCCACCACCCAUCCUCAUUGACUGCCCCCACCCCAACUGCACUAAACGCUACAAGCACAUCAACGGCCUGCGCUACCACCAGACGCAUGCACACCUGGAAGCCGAGGAACAGAGGAAGCCUGAGCUGGAGCCCAUGAAAGAUGGGGAGAGUGAGGAACGACUAUCAGACUGUGAGGACACCAUCAGCAACAUGACAUAUGACCUCUCAGAGACAAACAACAGCACUAAUGCCAACAGCUCCUCUAAGAAACCUGCUCCUCUAUAUAAGGUGACCACGGUUGGAUCUCCUAAGAACAGAAGGUUACUCCUCAGUACUGACCACACGCCCACAGCUAACUCCAAGACCAGAAGAACCUCAUUGCUGAAAGAUGGGCUGAUUGAUGACCUCAGCAAUCUGCCCAUCAUCUCCAACAUGACUGUGGUUUUGGAGAACUGCAUGGUACCAGACAGGAACUCCACAGUUGAGAUGCCAAAACUGGAAGCAGAGGGUUUGAUCGACAAAAAAGGAGGCGCAUGUGACAAGGGCAAGAAGGCCAAUGGGAAGGUAGAGAAGCUGUCCAAGUCACGUACCAACCGCCCGAUCGCUCCGGCCCCUGCUCCCCCCAAGCUCAUUGCCAUACCCAAUACAGCAUAUCCGACUGGUCAGGCAGAUACUGCCACCUCACAGCAGCCCUCACCCAUGGCAGCUGUAGGCCUCACCAGUAAAAAUCUUCCUCUGAAACCCAUCAAACCAAAGCUGAGCAUUGUUGUGGAACCGAGCCUGGUCAAAGCCACCCUGGUUACAUGCAGCAAAGAGACCAGGAAGAAAGAGAAACGGAGGCUGAAGGAUAAACACAACAAAGAUGCACCAACCAGGACGCCUAAUGGUGAUAGCAGUGGAAUCAAAAUGGAAGAUGGUGGCAGUGGUAAAAUGGGUGUCAAAGAAAUUUCUGGAAGCCUUCUAAAGGAGCACCUCAGUAAGCAGGAUGUAAUGAACGGGCUCACGGAGAGCCAGGAGAGCAGGAUGGCUAGUAUCCGAGCUGAAGCUGACAAGGUCUACACCUUCACCGACAACGCCCCGAGUCCCUCCAUCGGUGGUUCAUCGCGACUCGACCCCAGUGGAAGUUGCCUGGCAGCAGCAGACAGCAACAGCAAGACCAACAGCCCGGCCUACUCUGACAUCUCAGAUGCCGGAGACGAUGGGGGAUCUUCCGAAUGUCGCUCAGAUGGAAUCAGAUCCAAGUCUAGCUCCUCUACCUCUUCAGAGGUGAGCUCUAACAGUAACCAUGGUAGCUCUGGUAAAACCCCUCCCACAGCAUCUGCCCCAUCAUCAAAAGACCCCCAAUCCCCAUACUACCACAGCUACGAGCCGUACUACCUGCAGGGGUACAUGCAGUCAGACAGACAAGGCAGCAGCAAUGUUGCUUUCCACAAAAGCUCUGCCCUUGAUGGGAAAGGGAAAGACAGAAAAGAAGAAGUGAAAGAGGAUGACAAAAGCUCCUCCCAUGAGUUCUUAGACUCAAAGAAAGGUGACGGGCCACCUCAGUCUCAGCUCCAGCUGGCUAUGAGUCAGACCCAGACCGCCUUGGCUCAGUCACUGUACUAUGGCCAGUACUCCAGAGGACUGUACAUGGACCAGAAACUUUUACUGGCCUCCAAAUGCUGUGACCAGACCCACGGUGCCAAGCAGAGGGGUGAGCGGGGACAGGGGGUGAGAGACAGUGAGGACGAUAAACAUAUGGUUGGGGGUCCAGCCGGUGGACCCAUGCUAGGUAAAGGUCCGGAUGGUGCUAAAGGUUGCUGUCCCAAACCCGUCCUUUCCUACGUGGAGAUGAGUGAGAGGGGAGAAAGGGGACAAAGUCUGGGCAUAAAGGCUGUGCAUGGUGGCAUGGUGGACCAGCACCAGGUCUUGAUGAAAGACUGUGAUGACAUCAAGUCACCGUCCUCUUCCUCUUCUUCAUCACUCCACAACCCAAACAGUCAGACAGAUCUGGACUCAAAUGUUUCCUUUUCCAGUCCCUCAGACGGCCCGGCCUGGGCUCACUGCCUGGUUCACAGCAAAUACUCAGAGCUACAGAGUCAACAUGGGGAGGAGGCCGAGGAGGGUGAAGCAGACAGGGGAAAGGAAUGGGGAGCUACCGUGGAGCCUGCCGGAGCCAAGAUGACCUCAGGAGGAGGAAGUGGAGGAGAGAGGGGAGGAGGUGUGUGUGGAGAUGCUAAAAAAGCCAGGGUCCAUGGGUCCCACGAUCUCCUGCCCAGCAUCGACAUGGAGGAUUCAGACCGGCUGGAGGGGCUAGAUGAUCAAGGCCAGGAGCCAAUGGGAGGGCUGUCUGAGGAGUCCCAGAGUGCCCGGGCCGCAGUGUCUCCUCCCAUGACCCCCCAGCAGCCUUACAUCCAGUACCAGCACUCCUCCUACCCACCCUACCUAGCAAUGUGUGAGAGCGGCGGGGGCUCCUAUAGAGGGGUGUCCCCAACCCUGGUCCAUAAUUACCCAGGUUUCCACUACCCUCUGUACGGCAAGACGGCGGGCAGGGAGGAGUCGGAGGUGACUACAGCCAGCAGAGGAGGAGUGGUGAGCAGCAAGCAGAGCAGCGACUCGUCAUCGUCCUCGGCCAUGGAGCUGCUGCAGCAGCAGAGCCAUCAGUACCACGGAAAAUCACCUGCUCCCGGCGAGAAGGGUUCCCCUGAGGGAGAGAGAGAGACGGAGCGAGAGAGGAACCACGUGUCAUUCGCCCGCCACCUCCACACACACCAUCACACACACCUGGGUAUGAGCUACAACCUGAUGUCAGGACAGUACGACAUCUACCAAGGGUUGAGCUCCAGGUCGCUGGUCUCCAGUCAGCAGGUGUCAGGACACUCCUCUACUGAGAGCGAUGGGAAGAAGUAG